CCAAAAUUUUCUUUUUUCUAAUAUAGGAUCGAAAUUUAUAAAACCAAGGAAUGAAUUAUUAGUAGUGAUUAAACACAGUACGUAGCAAAGGAGAGUAGUGAUAUCAAAUCAAAAUUUUAAUUAAAACAUGGAGAAGAAGCAUCUUUCUUCCAUUGCCAACGAUGUCCUUCAUACUUGUGCUCUGAGGUUGAGCACCUCAGUGGAUGAACUAGUGCAUGAAUUUGAGGCUGGAUGGGAGCCUAAAAUGGAGGGUUAUUCAAGGAAGUUAGUGGAGUUUUGCUGCUCAAAGGCUCUCACCGACGUAUGCAGUAAAUUGGAGGAGACGUUGGUCGAUGGUUCCUUUAGCCGGAUCACGUUUGAUAUGAUGCUAGCAUGGGAAAUGCCUAGUUCGGCAGAUGAAGAGACACAUUCAGAAUGCAUGGCCAAAGAAAAAGAAGAGAGGAAAGCAACUUUUAAAGUGCCUCAAGAACAAGAUGACAUUUCAUUGUUCUACUCAGAUGUCAUGCCGCUCCUUGUUGACAACGAACCAAGUGUCCGAGAGGAUGCAUUCUUGUGGCUGGGGACACUUGUACAUUUAGUAGCUGAUAUUGUAAAUGGACGAUUUACUUUUGAGACACUGACAGCAUCUACAGAAAAUCGACUUCAUUAUCCUGCUUAUGUCAUGUUCCUGAAAGAGAUCGAAAAAUGUGUGAAGCAUUUGCAAACACAAGCGACCCCAGCAGGCAUGGAAAUGGCAGAUGAUGAGUUUAUACUACACGUGGAAGGAACUGCAAGCUCGCAGCGAGUAGUACGCCACAUUGGAGGCACAAGUUGGCCUGGUAGGCUGACACUAACAAACUAUGCACUCUACUUCGAGGCAUCUGGAGUUCUAUCCUAUAAAGAGGCUAUUAAGCUCGAUCUUUCGAAAGACUGUGAACAGAGUGUCAAGACAGCUGCCACGGGUCCAUGGGGUGCUCCUCUGUUUGACAAAGCCAUAGUUUAUGAAUCAUCUGAAUUGCAAGAAGGGGUCAUUUUUGAAUUUCCAGAAAUGACGAGCUCAACGAGACGCGACCACUGGCUUGCUCUCGUGAAGGAAAUUAUGCUACUGCAUCGGUUUUUACGGAAGUUCAAUGUGGAAUCACCAUUGGAGUCGUGGGAAAUGCACGCGAGAACAAUAUUGGGGAUCAUUAGGCUACAUGCAGCUAGAGAAAUGCUUAGGAUAUCACCUCCGGUUCCCAAGAAUUUCUUAAUUUUUGCCUUGCUCGAUGAGUUGCCGAAGGGAGAUUACGUGCUUAAAGAGCUUGCUGAGAGUUUGAAUAAAGUCGACGCUGGACAUCCGUGUAGUGCUAGCUCGAUCUUGAAGAGCCUGAAUGUCUCCCAACUGUUUGUUCCCAGUGUAGAGUUAAAAGAUAUCAAAAAAGAAAUCAAUGACAACGUAACUUCGCCAGUACAAGUCGACAAUGUUUCAUCAUUGGAGAGUGCUAUUGAUCAGUCGAGGGAGGAAGCGAAGGAAAUCCAAAUGGCUAAAGCUACGGUUGAGGAGGUGAAAGACGAAGGAAUCGGCAAUAGCGUCCUGGUUCUUAUGGGUCUGCUUAAACCUCUGAAAAAGUUAGUUCCCCAUGUUCAAGAGGCUUUUACAUGGGAAAAGCCAUUAUCCAGUACCAUUCUUGUGGUGACGACAAUGGUAGUUAUUUACAACGAGUGGGUCGGUAAGGCAAUAGCGGCUCUUUUAUUGGGAAUUGUUGGUACAAUGAUAUGGGCUAGACGGAGAAGGAUACCGGAUAAGGUCCACAGAAUAGUCGUCUACAGCGGAUCCGAUCAGACAACAAUGGAAAGCAUAGUGUCGGCUCAACAGGGGUUGAGAAGUGUCUAUGACUUGAUCCAAACGAUGAAUAUAAUUAUACUAAAGAUUUGGUCAGUAUUGGUUUCAAAAGCUCCAAAGCAUGCAGAUAUGGUAAUGAUAGCUUUGGUCUUUGCGGCGGUGAUUUUAGUCGUGGCCCCUUUUAAGUUCAUCCUCAUGGCAUUGGCGUCAUAUGGAUUUGUGGCAGCAUCAAAGAUAGGGAAAAGCAAGCAAAAUGAGAAAGGAAAUAGGAGAUUGCAAGAGUGGUGGGAUUCUAUCCCAGUUGUUCCUGUUGAUAUUGUGGACAAAAUUGAUCCCGACUCGUAAUUUUUAGAUGCCACUAUGAUCUUGGUUGCUACUUUGCUACAUUAAGUUGGUCAAUUUCAAGAGACAAGUUUGUCUAGGUUCAUCUCUGCCCGCGUUUUAAUUUAUUCGCUAGUGUUCCUUUCUAUCUCUUGACAAACUGUGUUCAAUGUGUGUCAUGGGCUUAUGGCAGGGUAAAUAAAGAUGCUUCACUACUAGAAAGGAAUAAUUUACCUAUUAUGUCAUAUAGGAGUAUAGUUAGAUGAUUGCAUGUAUACAUGUCUAAUACUUUCGUCGUUUGUAACACGAGUGUGUAUGUAUUAUUACAUAGUUUUUCUGGAAUAAGAGUUGGAUGAAGUUCAUAGAUCAACAUGAUUCAGAUAUCUUACGCAGAGCUACUUUGCAUUUUGAAAACAAGACUAUUAUUAUGUACUUAUGGUGAAAAUUAAAUGAGGAUGCUAGAAAAGCUUUUCAUUUUA